UUUUUCUCCGAUAAAAAAAUAAUUAAAAUUAUACAAACAUUUUUAUUGUUGUUUUUAUUUUCAGCUCGUUUUUCCCAAAUGAAAGCAAGUGGUGACUAUUUUGUGACCGUUAUAGAGGAUACACGUAAAAAUGAAAUAAUUGGCGCUGCAUCUUUAAUUAUAGAACGUAAAUUUAUACACAAUUGUGCUAUACGUGGACGUUUGGAAGAUGUGGUGGUAAAUGAUACCUACCGUGGCAAACAAUUGGGUAAACUCAUUGUGGUAACCGUUUCCCUUUUGGCUCAAUAUUUGGGUUGCUAUAAAAUGUCUUUGGAUUGUAAGGAUAAAUUGAUUAAGUUCUAUGAAACUUUGGGUUAUGUUUUAAUACCCGGCAAUUCAAAUUCAAUGACCAUACGUUAUGAUGAAUCUCCAGUUGUUAAACAGAAUUUAACUGCUUUCAAUGGCGCUGUCAGUGGUGAUGCUUGCCAAACCGUGAGCCUCGAUUUUAACUCUUGACAAUUAGCCGCCAGUACUGCCGCUAAAUCAAAACUUUAAAUUGUUUAAAAUUAUAAACCUAAACAGCUGUAAAUAUAAGUAUGAAAAUUCGUUUUCAAAUGUUUAGAUUGUUAUUACGGCUGUUAUUUUUCCCCAGGAAAGAAACAAGGCCUGUUACUUUAAAUUGAAAAGAACUUUUCUUAUAUUAAUGUUGAAAACAUUAAAAAAAAAUACUAAUUUUAUUUGUUGUUUUUAAUACAAAUAUAAACAAGAAAAGUUCUUUCGAUUUUUAUAGAAUUUUUAUGUUAUAUGUUCUUUUCUGGUGUUUAUAAUUUUCUAAGAAAAACAAUUUUAAGUUCUGAUUUCUCAAAGCUUUGUCAGAAAGAGCAUAUUUUCCAAUAUUCUCUUGGCUUUGAGGGCAGUGCUGGCAAUAGUUGCUUGGCUAGUAGUGUGUAGACUUAGUCAAGUAUUAUUUGCUUUAGUACUUAAUUCCUAUAUUAUUCUAAUUACAUAUUAACAAUAAAUAGUCUUUCCAAAUUAUUUAAAAAUUUCUUUAAUAUUUCAAUAAUAUUUUCUUCUUUUUCUUUAAUGCUGUCUGACUACUAAAUUUUUGUGUAAAACUACAGGUUGUAUGUAUUUUACCAUUUAAAAGUACAUUUAUUAAUUGAAUUGAAAAAAUAUAUAUUUUUAUUAUUAUUUUUUAGAGUUAUGUAUUGUAUGUAUGAGUUCUGUCAUUAAUCUAUGUUUAUAUGUAUAAAAUGAAAUUAAAUCUUCUCAAGUCUUAAAAUUAA